CCCAAACACCGCCAACUCACCAUCUCCUACACACUCACCAACUCCACAUCACCAACCUCACCAGCCAAAAAGCACAUACCAGACGCCCUUUACGCGCUCACCAACCGCGCCCCCACCCGCCCCUCAUAGCAUGAAUCCGUAAACCGGCAUCUAAAUCCCCCAUAAAUCAGUUCACCAUGGCGGACUACACGGCCCCUCUGGCCUCCCUCUCCAUCACCCACGUCUUCUACGACCCUACAGACCCAGUCUCGCUACUAUGUGCCUACCUCGCCCUGAUUCCACAGGGCCUCGUCGUCGUCUACGCCACGCUUGUCCUCACCACGCGUGAAGCCGAGAUCGGGCUCACCUUUGCGGGCCAACUCGCCUGCGAAGCCCUCAACUUUGUCCUGAAGCGUCUUAUCAAGGAAGAGCGCCCGCGCCGCAUCCACGGCAAGGGCUACGGCAUGCCAUCGUCCCAUGCGCAGUUUGUGUUCUUCUGGUGCGUCUAUGUAGCGCUGUUCCUGCUCGUGCGCCACAAGCCCGCCAAACGCGCUUGGUCCGUGGCCGAGCGCAGUCUCGCGAGUUUAGCCGCCGUGGGGGUUGCCGCCGCGGUGGCCUGGAGCAGAGUAUACCUCAACUAUCAUACUACGAAGCAGGUGCUUGUGGGCAGCGCGGCUGGCACGGUGUUUGCGGUGGUCUGGUUUGUUGUGGUAGGCGUCGUGAGGCAGAUUGGCCUGCUGGACUGGGCUCUUGAGUUGCCGAUUGUUAGAGCAUUCCGCGUACGUGAUUUAGCUGUCACGGAGGAUAUUUCGCAGGCUGGUUGGGAUAAGUGGGAGGCCAAGCGAGCUGCUACGAAGAAGAACAAGACGAAAUAGGCGUUUACAGGGACUUGUACUGUACUAUUGACACAAUAAAAAGGAAACUCGUAAUAUAUCCUAUCUAAGAAAAGAACACGCUGAAGAAGACUGAAAACAACUAAUGUGGUGGGAAUUUCUGCUCCAAGAAAGAUAAUGUGACAGGGGAAAAAAAGAAACAAAGAGCCGCCCGAAAUAGAAAGGGUCACUUUGCGCCGCCUCUAUAUAUCAUUCACUGAAUCGUGAUAAAAAAAGAAAAAAACAAUAAACUACUGUCUAGAUCCAGGAAUCGUCCGAAGCCGCGGGAGAUGGUGCAGGCACUGGUCGACUCCAGUUGGUUGUCUGCGCCGCUUUCCCUGGCGAUGCUUUCCCU